CACCUCAUAUGUCAUGCAUACAUUAUAGACUGUGAUUAGUCUGCCUUGGGGAACUCAGGGCUGAUCUUCCCAGUGUCAUCACAGAUUACCAGGAGAAAUUGCUUCCAGUAUACAAUCACAUCUGCUUUUGGGGGGAAGAUCUGCAGCCGCCCAGACAGCUAGACUUAAGUUUGAAAGCACCAUUUAGUUUUGACUGGCGAUGAUUUCACUUGAUCAAUCUUCAUUGCUGCUGGAGAAUUUUUUGAGCGUGAAUUAUUAAGCUGCAUCUGAACUCCGAUGGUGCCAAAAAACGAGCUUUGAUGUUCUUUAGGUGUUGUUUUCUGAUGGCAAAAAGUGUUUAUAUUCCUCGAUUCAUCGCGACGGGAUGCUUCAGGAUCUGAGUGCAAGUGUCUUUUAUCCAGCUUGCUCACAGCACAGAAGUUUAGCUCAGGUCCCUGACAAUGAUGAACAGUUUGUGCCAGAUUUCCAGUCUGAAAAUUUGGCUUUUCACGGCCUCUCUCUAAAAAUCAAGAAGGAACCACAGAGUCCCUGUUCUGAGCUGAGCACUGCCUGCAGCCAUGAGCAACCUUUCAAGUUCAGCUUUGGGGAAAAGUGCCUGUAUAAUGUCAGUGCCUACGACCAGAAGCCACCUGCUGGAUUGAAGCCCUCCAACCCGCCAACCCCGUCCAGUACACCAGUGUCCCCCUUACACCAUGGGUCACCAAACCCUGCAGCAACCCCGAAACCGGACAGAAGUUUUGCAGCUCAUCUGCCUGCCACACAGCCCAUUCCAGAGAACGCCUACCCAAUGGAUCCUAGGUUCCGGCGCCAGCUCUCCGAGCCAUGCCAUUCCUUCCCAGCUCCUCAUGGACUGCCCAGGGAAGGUCGUCCGAUGUACCAGAGGCAGUUGUCUGAGCCCAACAUCCCAUUCCCCCCUCAGGGCUUCAAACAGGAAUACCACGAUCCAGUCUAUGAACAUGCCACUAUGAUAGGUGGUCCAACAAACCAGAGUUUUCCGCAGCCCAUGAUGAUUAAACAAGAGCCACGGGAUUAUGCAUAUGAUUCAGGUUGCAUGUAUGAAAAAGGUCCCAGGCAUUUUUAUGAUGACACCUGUGUCGUUCCUGAAAAAUUUGACAGUGACAUCAAGCAGGAGCCAGGCGUAUAUCGUGAAGGGCCCACUUAUCAGCGUAGAGGCUCCCUCCAGCUUUGGCAGUUCCUAGUGGCUCUGCUCGAUGAUCCAGCAAACUCGCACUUUAUUGCAUGGACGGGACGUGGCAUGGAGUUCAAACUCAUCGAGCCAGAGGAGGUGGCGCGUCGUUGGGGAAUCCAGAAGAACCGCCCUGCUAUGAACUAUGACAAGCUGAGCCGUUCACUGCGCUACUACUAUGAGAAAGGCAUCAUGCAAAAAGUUGCUGGAGAAAGAUAUGUGUACAAAUUUGUCUGUGACCCUGAAGCGCUUUUCUCAAUGGCUUUCCCGGACAACCAGAGGCCUGUGUUGAAAACUGACAUGGAGCGCCACAUCAAUGAAGAGGACACUGUCCCACUUUCCCAUUUUGAUGAGAACAUGGCAUACAUACAAGAUAGUGGCUGUUGCAAUCCCCAUUCAUACAAUGAAGCCUAUGUGUACUGAUGCAACCUUGUUGGGGCAGUCACUUCAUGUUUUUUUCUCUCGGUUGUUUUCCUCUGUAGACUGUGACCCACUCUGGAUUUACUUCAUCUCUUCAGCACCUCUGACAUUAAGCAAUGGGUCCACAGUUUAUGUCGCAUUAACCCCAUGGUCCACUACCUGGGACAGUGCACUUUAUGAAAAGACUCAUUAGAGCUCUACUUGUUUUUUUUUAAGGGUGGGAUGGGGAGGGCAGUGUUUUUUUUUGCCUAAGUGUUUUUUUUUGUGGAAAAGAGGGGGGAAUGGGAGGAUUGGAAAUUGCAGACAUUUAAGUGGUUUGAUUGACACUAUCUUAUGAAUAUUGGUUUCAUAUAAGAUAAAAAACCUACCGUCAAACUUACAAGAAAUCUGCUGAUAUCAGUAAUAAAAGAAACUGCAUAUCUAAUGUUGCUGUGUUAACACAGCCGGCACUCUUUAAAAUCUAUAUCUAAGUAGAUACGUAAUACUUUUUGUCCGGGUACACAUUAAUAUACAGUCAAACAUUUUACUGCUGUGUCAUAUUUGUUAAAAUAUAUGAAUACUAGAAUAUGCCGAAGCUUCUGCUGCAGUCUCCUUUUCUGUAAAUUCUUUUAAACGCAGGGUCUAUUAAAGCAAUUUGAAGCAUUGCUGUACAGGUAGCAUUUCAGGACAAAUAGUCAAUUUAAAACAUUUACUGCUUACGAUGUAGUUUAUGCUGUAGUUAUACCAUGAGCAACUGUAUGCGUUAGAAAUUGGUAAAAGAUUACCCACUUGCUAGAGGAAUUUUUUUAAGCUUAAAGAUUUCUAGAUCAAUGGAAACGUUUCCUAACGUGGCCUGUCAGUGGCAACAUUUCAUUUGCACUCACUUCAGUUUUCAAAUCCAGGCAUUGAAGGACAUAUGCUGAUGCCAAUAUCAUUACUGAACUAUGCGUUUUUUAGUUCUUUAAGAAUUUUUAAAGUGGGUUACCAGAUGCAUGAGCUUUGGAAUUACACUGAGCAGUAUUAGUAUUUGGAUAUUCAUUCCUGUUGCUCCAAAAAUGGCACCAGCUCAUUGAUAUUAAACUGUUUAAAACCUGCAUAAUGGAUUUGGAUGAAAACAAAUUAAACUUUCCUACUCUGA